GUGUCAGCAUUAUAAUUCAGCCACGCAUCAGGUGGAGAGCUCGGGAGGCCACAGCUAACGUCUUGCUUGUGUGUGAGUGUGUGUGUUUGUGUUGUGUGAGCCACUGAAAAUGACCUCCCGCUCCCUGUUCCUCUUCAUUCUACUCUCCCUCAGGGCUGGAGGUGACUUCCCCACCCAGGACGCUGGCCAGCAGGGAGAGGAACAGCCUCCUCCAGCAGAUGAGGCGCAAUCGGUGCGAGUGCUGAAUGACGUGCCUGGUGCUGAAGCCUUUAUCCGGACCGCCCCGGUUACUGUCGUCGGGUUUCUCAAGGAUCAGAACUCCUUGGAGGCAAAGGCUUUUGGCGAUGUGGCUCGGAAACUGAGAAGAUUACCUUUUGCCGUAACUUACAACGCAACCCUUUGGGAGAAGUUUAACAUCAGCAGGAACACCAUUACCCUUUUCAAAAAGUUCGAUGAAGGGCGCGCUGACUACGCCUUCGAGGAAGGUCACCUGAAGCCGAACGUCACGAAGAUUAUUUACUUCCUGCAACACAAUGAACUCCACCUGGUGACUGAGUACAAUCCUACGCAUGCAGGCCAGAUCUUUGGGUCGGGGAUUCCUACUCAGCUCCUUCUGCUUGUCGGCAAGACAUCGAAAGAGUAUCAGCCUCUGCUCGAGAAGUUCAAAGGUGUCGCCCCUGAGUUUCGGGGGGAGGUCAUCUUUGUUCUGGUCGACACGGACAAGAAGGUAAAUCAACGAGUGAUUAAGUUCUUCAAAGUGAAGGAGCCGGAUUUGCCUGUGAUCUGCUUCUUCCACGUGGCGUCAAACGCAGUGAAGGUGAUGAAGACAAGCGAAAUCAACCCUGAUGCCAUACGGAGGUCCUACACUAACUUCAUAGAAGAUAUUGAGGAGCUGCCGAAGAAACACCCGUCGGAGGAGCUGUGAAUCGCAAGGAUCCUCUUUAAGCCGUUCAUGUUGUGUUCAGUCACUGAAAUAAAGACACACCCUCUGAUCACUGCGAAGAGUUUGCUUCAACACCUGUUAUCAACCAGAGGAGCAGAAUUGGGCCAUUCAGUCCAUCGAGUCUGCUGUGCCAUUCUGUCAAGGCUGAUUUAUUCUCACGCUCAAUCUCAUUCUCGCGCCUUUUGCCCAUAACUUUUGAUACCCUUACUAAUUAAGUACCUAUCACCCUCUGCUUUACCCAAUGACAACCUCUGCAGCUGUUUAUGAUAAUAAAUUCCACAGAUUCACCACCCCCCCCACCGGCUAAAGAAAUUCCUCCACAUCUCUGCUCUAAAUGGAUGUCCCUCGAUUCUGAGGCUGUGCCAUCUGGUCGCAGACACCCCCACUUUAGGAAAUAUCCUCUAUCCACUAUUGAAGUCUUUCCAUAUUCGGUAGGUUUCAAUGAGAUUCCACCCCACCUCCCCCAUUCUUCGAGGCUCCAGUGAGUACAGACCCAGAGCCAUCAAAUGCUCCUCAUACUUUAACCCUUUCGUUCCUGGGAUAUUGGCUGUAGGUCAAAUAUUAACCUGACUUUCCAUUCAAAUAAUGAUCGACAGACCCAUACAUGUCAACCAGACUCACUUUAUCCUAUCUUUCCCCGUUCCAAUUUGUAUCUCCUUUUUGGGAUUUUAAAAUCACUCAUUAAAACUACAGUGAAACUAAAUCUCCG